GUUGGGGGGAAGGGGGAGAGAAUGAAUGACUUAGUAAAAAAAGUGGAAAAAGAAAAAGACACAAAACUGAAGCAGUGUAGUGUGUACUAACAAAGGGCACCCACCCCAUUGCUCGAGAAAACUUUGAAGUGUUGCUUUCAUGCAGUGGAAAAAAGACAGGGGAAACAGAGGAAGCAAAAAGGCACACCCCCCCCCCCCCCUCCCCUCACACACCCUCUCUGACUGAUUCCAUUUCUCUCUUAACCACGUAUGCAUGCAAGGGUCAUUCAUUCACUUCCUUUACUUCCAAAAGUGGGAGCAUCUCAAUCUCACUGACCUCAUCAUCUUCAUCCACCACCAUAUAUACUAUAGGCAUAUAUCAAAGGUUCACUUCUCCUGCUCAAAAAUAGAUAUGGAAUCUGAGAGGCCUAGCAGCACUAUUAAUGAGACCUACAAACAACAACAAGAACCAGAAGAAGAAGAUGAUGAUGAUUAUCAUAAUGAAGAAGAAGAAGAAGAAGAAGAAGAAAACAAUGAGAUCCUCAAGAGAAGAAUCUCCAACCACCCUCUCUAUGGACUGCUGGUUGAAGCUCACUUGGACUGUUUGAAGGUUGGUGACAUUUCCAACUUGGAGAGGGAGCUGAAGAUAGAUCAGAUGCAAGCAACGGAGAAGCAAAACUUGGGCAUGUUCAGCCAAUCUGAGCUUGAUCUCUUCAUGGAAGCAUAUUGUUUGGCACUUGGCAAGCUUAAAGAAGCAAUGGUGGAACCACAACAGAAGUCAAUGGCUUUCAUAAACAACAUGCAUUCACAACUUAGGGAGCUCACCAAGGCAACCUUGCCUGCACCGAAUGCUGAACCAGCUGCAGCUACCACAUCUUCUACUAGUGAGUGCAAAUUCAGAAGAAAGCCAACAAUUUAGCUUUUCAGUAUGCAUGGCACGCAGUGUAAUAUUUCGCAGCUAGGUUAUUAAUUAAUUAAGGCUUCAAUUAUUCUCAAAUUGCCAAAUCCCAUGCUUAAAGUGUACCUCAUUAUUAUAUAUAAAUUAACGGGCAUGACUAUUAUGUAUAAAUAUAUUGUGGUUAAUUAAAAUCUAGUAUUGGCUUAUUA